UGAUGGCUGUGGCGCCUUUGGGGUAAAAAAUAAAGAGCAGAUGGAGCUUUCUUGAGCACAAACUUCCUUUUGGACCCGCUUCUGCUGGGAUUUCCGUAACUUUUUGAGAAGUAAGAAGUUAUUUUCCCAAAUCGGGGAGAAGAAAACUCUGUAUCUUCCAUAUGCCAGGAUAUCUUGAGUGUUGCAAAGAUUACAUUUUCUGUACUGAGAGAGAAAAAGAACUAGGAAUUGCCUGCAUAUCGUUUCCCUCAGUAAGUGACAGUAAGAAUGAAUGGACAUAUAUCAAAUACCCCUCCUGGUGGUUAUGGAAGUUAUUCUCCUCAAAUCAAUGGCUAUGGCUCACCAACAUUUGGUCAGGCAGAGAGGGAGCAGAAUUCAAGAACAAGUGCAAAGGCUCUUUAUGAACAAAGAAAGAAUUAUGCACGGGACAGUGCCAGCAGCAUAUCCGAAACUUCGCAGUAUCAUGUAGAGCACUUAACGACCUUCGUUCUGGACCGAAAAGAGGCGAUGAUUACAGUAGAUGAUGGAAUAAGGAAGUUGAAAUUGCUGGAUGCCAAAGGCAAAGUGUGGACUCAAGAUAUGAUUCUUCAAGUGGAUGACAAAGCUGUCAGUUUGGUGGACUUAGAAUCAAAGAAUGAACUGGAGAAUUUUCCUUUAAGCACAAUUCAGCAUUGCCAAGCUGUGAUGAAUGCAUGCAAUUACAAUUCAAUUCUUGCAUUAGUAUGUAAAGAACCAACUCAAAACAAGCCAGAUUUGCAUCUUUUCCAAUGUGAUGAGAUUAAGGCUAGCUUUAUUCAUGAAGAUAUAGAAAGUGCAAUCAGUGACUGCAAAAGUGGGAAACAAAAGAAGAGACUUGAAACACUGAGGAUGAUAUCCAAUGCUGACAGCACCAUCCCUCCACCCCCGCGGGCACCUGCCCCUGUGCCACCAGGGACCAUCACCCAGGUGGAUGUGAGAAGCCGUGUGGCAGCAUGGUCUGCAUGGGCUACUGAGCAUGGGGAGUUUGAAAAACAUAGACAAUACCAUGACCAUGAAGAAACAGCAGAGAUGAUAGCAGCCAGGAUUGACAGAGAUGUUCAAAUUCUGAACCAUAUUUUGGAUGACAUUGAAUAUUUUGUUACCAAACUUCAAAAAGCUGCUGAAGCAUUUGCUGAACUUGCAAAGAGGAAGAAGACUAAGAAAAGUAAAAAGAAAGGACCUGGAGAGGGAGUUCUGACUCUCCGUUCAAAACCACCACCUCCAGAUGAGUUUGUUGACUGCUUCCAAAAGUUUAAGCAUGGCUUCAAUCUUCUGGCCAAAUUGAAGUUCCAUAUCCAGAAUCCUAGUGCAGCGGAACUGGUUCAUUUUCUUUUUACCCCACUACAUAUGGUGGUGCAGACAACAGGAGGUCCAGAGCUUGCUAGUACAGUAAUAAGUCCCCUUCUUACAAAAGAUACUAUAGACUUCCUGCAAUAUACUGUCACCAGUGAGGAAGGACAAUUAUGGAUGUCAUUGGGUGACACGUGGACCAAAGCCAGAGCGGACUGGCCCAAAGACCAGUUUAUUCCACCUUAUGUCCCCCGUUUCCGAAAUGGUUGGGAACCUCCUUUGCUGAACUUCAUGGGAGCUCCAAAUGAACAAGAACUCAAUCAUUUGGCUGAGUCUGUGGCAAACUUUGCAGAGCAACAGCGGAAGCAAGAAAUAAAAAGAUUGUCAACUGAGCCUCCCGGUGUUCCCGACUACCCUCCAUCUGAUGGGUAUGCAUUCAGUAACACAGUGUACAAAAGAGGGCCUCUGCUGGACCAAGGGGCAGCUGUUGCUGCCUUUAAGCAAACUGUUAGCCGACAUGUAGAUAGAAACUAUGAAGCACACAAUAAAACGCAGUCCAAGAAAUAUGCCAAAUGCAAGUAUGAGUUUAUGGCAAGAAACAACAGUGAGCUUUCUGUCAUGAAAGAAGAGAUAGUAGAGAUUCUGGAUGACAGAAAGCAGUGGUGGAAGGUUCGGAAUAAAAGCGGCAACGCAGGCUUUGUGCCAAACAACAUUUUGGACCCUCUGAGGAAUUAUGAAGGUGAUCUAGGAUUGCCAGAACCUGUGUAUACCCGCGCCAUCCAGAAACAAAGGACAGACUAUGCCGCAAAACAACCCAGUCCAGUUCCUGCUACUCCUUCACCGCCUCCAACACCUGCUCCUGUGCCUGCAGCUGUCCCCCUCCCUCCAAGCACACCAGCACCUAUACCGGUUCCUGUGCCGAAGGCGCCUGCAACCAUCAGCCGCCAAAGCAGCACCUCUAGUGACAGCGGUGGUAGUGUUGCACGAGACAGCCAGAGGAACAAACAAGUUCCUGUGGAUCGCAGGAAAUCCCAGAUGGAGGAGGUGCAGGACGAACUUGUUCACCGGCUCACCAUAGGCCGCAGUGCUGCCCAGAGGAAGUUCCACGUGCCACGGCCAAACAUCCCGGUGGUGAACAUCACUUACGAUUCCUCACCUGACGAUGUGAAAGCGUGGUUGGAGUCCAAAGGAUUCAACCCUGUGACUGUUAACAGCCUUGGUGUGCUGACGGGUGCACAGCUUUUCUCCCUCAAUAAAGACGAACUGAAGACUGUUUGCCCAGAAGGGUCUAGAGUCUACAGCCAAAUUACGGUACAAAAGUCUGCUUUGGAGGCUAACAGUGGUAGUUCAGAACUGCAAGAAAUUAUGAGAAGAAGACAAGAAAAAAUCAGUGCAGCUGCCUCAGAUUCAGGUGUGGAGUCCUUUGAUGAAGGAAGCAGUCACUAAAAGUCUUUCCUCUUUUCUUUAAUUCCAUUGUCCAUAGCAUUAUACCAUCCAGCUUUGCUUUAGGAAGCAGUGAAGGGGAAUGUCUUAAUACAGUGUAAUCCUAACUAGCCACCAUAGAGAAAACUUACAGUAGUCUCCCCAGAAGAACCUGCUGCUGGCUUCCCAUCAUUAAAAAUUAACAGCUGAGAAAUCCAACGGAAGUUCCUGACAGGUGAAACUAUUAGGAUUUGAGUCACUUACACCCAAAGAUGGGCCUUGGCUUUAACCAUUCCAUGACAGAUACACUGGAAUGUGGCUUUGUUUUUGAUCCAUCCUAGGAAAGCUGAGAUAGCAAUAAAAAGCAUAUGAACCCUUAAGUAAUAAUACAAUCCUGAAUUCCAUUGCCAGCUUUGCAACUCUGUCUUUUUGGCUCAGUCUUUCUUGUCAUGCAUUCAGCUGCAGGAUGUUUAGUUAAGUCGUUGUUGCCAGCAAUUGAAGAGGAAACAUUUAGGGAAUGAACAGCAGCCCAGCAUAGACUGAAUCUUUCUUGCAUCACUCCCAAGAUGUUUUAUUACUAAUGAGGGUGUUUAUAGCAAAAUAAUACUCUGUACUUUGAUUUUAUCUAUACUUCACUCAUAAUGAACCAUAAUAUUGCACAAGAAGGAAUGAACAGAAAAUAGUAAUACAAUUCAGCUCAAAGAGGGGGUCAGAUCUGCUGUUGGUAGCCAUGAAACAAUUUGAAUUACUUUUUUUUUUUAAUAUACUUGCAUUUUUUGUUUGUAACUUAACCUGUUAAAAGAACAGUGUUUAAUCUAGACUUUGUGUGUUGAUCCCAGAUGUCAGUUUUCCAUAUGUAAAAAGCUAUUGUUCCAUUAUAAAUUUAAUGUUUUGGAAAAUUGGAUUCCUGGAGGCAAAAGUGGGAGAAAAGAAAACAUCCUUUUCAGCAAAUAUUAUUUUUGAAGAUGCAAUGAUUUUUUUUUUCACAAAAAUAUUCUGUUACUUCACAUGGUUUUGUGAUUUUAUAUAUAAUAUAUGUAUUAUAUAUAAUAUAUAAUAUCACUUAAUUUAGACAAAUUUAAUCAUCUGGUUUGAUUAAGUUACAUAGUGCCUUUUUCACAUGAAUCAGCUUAGUCUGCAAUAAACAGUAUUUCUUGUUUGUCAAAUAGUUGUAUCUUUAUGGCUACAAAGAUGGUAUUGAAAUAAGAAAGCGUUCUUGAUUUUUGCCAUUAGUUUGCUCUUCUUCAUAGAAGGAAAAAAAGAAUCCUAUUCAUUUUUUCAUAAAAGAAAUUAAAAUCUUAAUAAAGGUGUUUAGUGCCA